AUGCAUGCUCUCUUCUAUUUUCUUCCUUUUAUCUCCGCAAUUAACAAGGAGCAAGAACUCAUAGAGAAACUCUUGAAUGGAUACAAUAAAGAAAUUCGCCCGAUUCAAAAUGCUUCGCAGGUCAUUGAAGUCAAAUUUUACAUGACACUUCAGCAAAUGAUCUCCGUCGUAGAAAAGACAGAAGAAGUUACAACUUCUGUUUAUAUCACUGCAAGUUGGAAAGAUUAUAGACUCCAGUGGAAUCCUGACGAUUACGAAGGGCUGAAAGAGUCUCGUAUACCGAGUCUUAGAAUUUGGCGACCAGACAUCGUGCUUUACAAUAACGAUGACGGUAAAUACGAUCCCACUCUUCCGACAAACGUCGUACUCAAAAACGACGGUGAUUGUGAAUGGCUUCCCCCAGCAAUUUACAAGUCUGACUGUAAAAUUCACAUCGACUUGUUUCCGUUUGACUGGCAAAACUGCACGAUGGUUUUCCGCAGCUACACAUAUGAUCGAACUGAGAUUAAAUUUCAUGCCGAGUACAAGAAGACCGUCAUCGACAGUGAGGCAUAUACUCGUUCUGGUGAAUGGCAACUCGUCCACUGUCCAGUUAUGGUUAAUCAUAGAGCAGACGAUCCUAAUUACGAAGACAUAACAUUCUAUUUUAUUAUCCGACGCAAGCCGCUCUUCUAUGUCAUCAACAUCCUCAUUCCUUGCGUCCUUAUCUCCUCGCUGUCCAUCUUCACUUUUCUCCUUCCCUCGGCUAGCAAUCAAAAGAUUCAGAUGUCAAUUUCAGUGCUACUUGGAUUGACAGUUUAUCUUUUCCUCCUUGCCAAAAGAACCCCAGAGACCUCAUUAGCUAUUCCAUUGAUAUCAAGAUUUCUGAUGUUUGCGAUGGUUGCUGUCACUUGCUCAAUUGUUUCAUCGGUUAUUGUACUGAACAUUUAUCAUAAGCAGGAUGUUUCGACGAAUUUUCCGAAAUGGCUCAAUGUAGUUUUAUUUGAUAUUCUCCCUCGAUGGAUUUUUAUCCAAGGUCCGAUCAAACCGGAAAGCAGACAGCGGAGAAAAUCGCGCAAACAAUCGAAAGACUUGGAUUCUGUAUUUCAUGAAACGCGAAACAGUGCGCACAAUCAUACUCCAACUCCCAGAUUUCAACGCCAGAGUAACAGCAGUAUUGAUCAGAAUCAACUGCGAUCUCGCUUGGCAAAUCGACCGACACUUUUGAACAGCAUUAAUGGUACUGCUGGACAUGAGAUUAGGAGCGCUUGUGGAGAGAUUAAGAAGAUCGCCCGUUUCCUUGAAAAGCAAAAGUCAACGAAGAGUCAAAUCUCCGAGUGGCAUAUUCUCGCCGCUGUUCUUGAUAGGAUCUUAUUGAUCAUAUUUACGGCCACUUUUUUCACUGGCUCUUUCUACUUUUAUUCCGAAAUCGGAAAGCAUCCGGUGCCGGAGCAUCCAUUCGCAUCCUGGUCAGCCGACCCAGUUAUGAGGGCAAGUCCUGAGUACAAUCAAUACAGGGGCUGCAAUGAGUAUCACACUGAACACAUAGUCAAAGCAAAAGACGAUGCGAAUUUCUCUUCCUUUGGCUGA